CACCCUCUGGCCUUGGGAGCAGCGGCGCCCAGCGAUCCCCGGCAGGGCUCUCCUAGGCCGCCGGUGACAUCACUGGCGAAACGGAUUCCAGGCGCCCGGCUCCUGGUUUUAAGAGACGUAGGUCGGUCAGUCCGUCUCUGCCUGUCGGCCGCAGAAGAGGGCUGCUCAUCGUGAGUUCCUGGGACCCGGAGGAGGAGAGAGAGCGCCGGCAGCGAGGGAAGGAGGACCCCGGCAGGCGACAGCAAGUUCAGCCCCGCGCACUUCCCUGCUGCCAACGCUGCCCGCGCUGGGCCUCAGCACCAGGAAUACUUCUGCUGUCAGUUAGACUAUAAAAGAAGAGAAAGACCUUUGUUCCAAUGGUAACAACAAGAAAAACAUUAAAAAAAUAAAAAUCACAUUUUUCUAUGAAGUAGAGAAGAGUGGAGGAUUGGAAGAAGCUAACUGAACUGAAUUUUAUAGAGAAACAAACACUUCAGAGGAGAGAGAGCAGUAGCUACUUCUUUCUGGGGGUCAUUGCCAGGUCAUUCCAUGGGAGGACUGAGAAUGCCAAGAGCUAGUUGGAGGAGACUGUAGAUUGGAGGAACCUCAGCUCAGACAAGGAAUUGUGCCUUUCUCUCUCCCCACCCCACCCUUGAGAAAAACAAACAAACAAACAAACAAAAAACAGUGGAUAAAGAGCUAGUAGGUAAAGAGAAGUCACCCAGUCUUGGCCAUUCUCCAAAUGACUGGAUUCCAGAACUUUGUGAAAUUGAGAAACUAAGCAAACCUAUCUGAAAGUGUAGCCAAAUCUUCUAGCUCCCUUAUGGACACCAUCAAAAGCUAGCAGAACAUAGCAGAGAUCAGACUGCAGUCAAAAAUGAGACCCAUACUUAUAUAACCAAUACGUCAAUGCACUUAAAAGGGAAAAGAGAAGUCUCUUUAAGAAGUGUUGGGAAAACUUCCUUUCCAUAAUGGAAAACAACAACAACAACAACAACAACAACCCCGGUCUCUAUUAUAUACCAAACAGAAAUGAAUUUGAGAUAGAUCAUACCCUUAACAUAAAAGCUAAAAUUAUAAAACUUCUUAAAGAAAGAUAUGUGUGAUAUAAGGAGUCUGCCUCUAAUUUGUUAUCGCUUCAGUGUCAUACCUGCCGUGGGACAGACAUUGCAACUGUGUCCCCACUGGCUUUAGCCUCUCAGUGACAAGUCCCCACAUCCACGGUCAGACAUGUAGACUCUGUCCUGGGGGUAGCUACUGCAUAGGAGCCAAAACUGAGCAGAGAGAAGACCUCACCCUUUUUCUGGGAGACCAUUCAGGUGACCAGAAAAAUGGCCUCGGGGCUAAUAGCCAGGAGAGAGGCAGCCGUUGUGUCAUUCCAGGAUGUAGCUGUGGACUUCACCCGGGAAGAGUGGUGGCUGUUGAGCCACACUCAGAGGAUGCUGUACAGGUGUGUGAUGCUGGAAAACUAUAGCAACUUGGUCUCCCUGGGAAUCCCAUUUCCCAAGCCAACACUUGUCAUUCUGCUAGAGCAGGGAGAGGAACCCUGGACAGAAGAGGGUGAAGCUCUGCCCAGCUCCUGCUCAGCAGAUGCAAAGCCAGAAAUUCAACGUGGUUCCUCCUCUGCUCUGGACUUCUGCAGUUGGCAACGCCAACACAGGCUACAUGAUCAUUGCCUUCCAAUCUGCCCAGGCUUGCUAGCAGGCACUCUCUGCCCAGCCUACCAGAAACAGCAGCAGCAGCAAUCACUCUCUUAUGAAAGCUUCUGCAACGACAGAGUGAAAGACAAUGACAGAGAAGAAGGCUCCAAAUCAUUGUUGGAUACGACAAGGAGAAGGUUCACCUCCAGAGCUUGCCUCAGCCCACCGGAUGGACAGCUAAUAAGCUUGAGGGAAGGCAAGACAGUGCUGGAAAUAAAGCUCAGCUCAGCUGAGAAGGCAAACCAUUUAGAAACAGAGAAAUUAUUAAAGUGGGUAGAUUUCUCAGGAUUUGAAGUAACGAAUUAUGGAAAUAGUGGGCUAGGCUUUAGCCAGAAAUCAGCCCUCUUUGUUCAUCAGAGGACCCACUCAGGAGGAAAGCCUUAUUUUUGCAGUGAAUGUGGUCGAAGCUUCAGCUAUAAAUCAGCUCUCAUCACACACGAGAGAUCACAUACAGGGGAGAAGCCUUACAUCUGCACAGAAUGUGGGCAAGCCUUUAGCCAGAAGUCUAACCUAGUCACCCACAAGAUGGCCCACUCUGGGGAGAGGCCUUUCGCAUGUGAGGAGUGUGGACGAAGCUUUAGCCAGAAGUCAACUCUCAUCAGACACCUGAGGACACACUCAGGGGAGAAACCCUUUGUGUGCCAGGAGUGUGGGCGGGGCUUUCGGGAUAAGUCAAACCUUAUCACCCACCAAAGGACCCACUCAUGGGAAAAGCCUUAUGUGUGUAGGGAUUGUGGGAGGCUUUUUAGAGACAAAUCAACUCUCAGCAAACAUCAGAGAAUUCAUUCGGGGGAGAAUCCACAUUUGUGCCCCGAAUGUGGCCGGAGCUUUAGUCAGAAAUCGUACCUCAUGAAACACAAGAGGACACACUCAGGAGAGAAGCCUUUUGUGUGUCAGGAGUGUGGACGAGGCUUUAGUGAUAAGUCAAACCUUACCACACACCAGAGGACACACUCAGGAGAGAACCCCUAUAUGUGUGCAGAGUGUGGUCGAGGAUUUAGCGUUAAGUCAGCUCUCAUGACACACCAAAGGACACACUCUGGAGAGAAGCCUUAUGUGUGCCAAGAAUGUGGGCGAGGCUUUAGACAUAAGUCAACUCUUGUUGCACAUCAGAGGACACACUCAGGAGAGAAGCCUUUUGUGUGUGGGGAAUGUGGGCGAGGCUUUAGACAGAAGUCACAUCUCAUCAGUCAUCAGAGAACGCACUCUGGGGAGAAGGCAUAUGUCUGCCCUGAGUGUGGACAAGCCUUUAGCCAGAAAGCAAAUCUAGUCAGGCACAAGAUGGCCCACUCAAGGGAGAAGCCCUUUGUCUGUAGGGAGUGUGGGAGAGGCUUUACCCAGAAGUCAGCUCUCAUAAGACAUCACAGGACACAUUCUGGGGAGAAGCCUUUUGUGUGCCAAGAGUGUGAGCGGGGCUUUAGUGAUAAGGCAACUCUCAGCACACAUCAGAGAACACACUCAAGGGAAAAACCUUAUAUUUGCAGUAAGUGUGGAGAAGGCUUUAGGCUGAAAUCACUCCUUGCUAGACACCAGAGGACACAUCCGUUGUAAAAAACCUUCAUGCACAAAAUGUGUAAGCAAGUCUUUAGUAAUAGAUCACAAAUCAUACCUUGUCAUGCAAGAAGAGAUAACUUUAGGGAAAAUCUCAUGUUGUCAAGGGUGGGACUUCAGAGAUACCAACUUUCAUCAGAGGAUAGAGAACCUACUUGUGUGAAACAAUAGUUUUCGAUUAGUAGCAAUUUCAUCCCCUGCCUCUGUGACAGUUGGUGAAAUCUAGAGACAUUUUCUUUUAUCACAACUGGGAGGCUGCUACUGGGGUAUAACGGAUAGAGGUCAAGGAUGCUUCUAGACAUCCUAUGGUACACAGAGCUGCCUCCCACAAUAAAAGUCUCCCACCCUGUAAGACUUGGAUCUCUUCAAGGCUAGCUUUGGUUCCCAAAUCCCCACCAUUGGCUCAGAGGAAAAUUUCUUACUCUCUUGUAGCUGAGUCUUUUGCCUAGACCUCCAUCCUUCCCACUCAUUCAAUCCAGAUCUGAUGCCUCUCCCUGCCUUCUUUAACUCUUUCCAUUUGUUUUCUCAAAUAUGGUUUUCCCAAUAACUCCUUGAACAUCUAAUUCCAGCCUCUUUUUCAGAAGACUCCAACUCACACAAUCACAAGGAAAGAAUGGUAACAUCAUAGUGAAACAACUAAGCCUACCUACAUCACAUUAACAAAAUUAAGCACUAACAUUGAGACAGAUUGCCAUCCUAAGCCCCCUAACAGGAUUCAUUGAAAAAGAUAACAUGUAUUUUCAAAAUAUGUUUCUGCCAAAAAAAAAAAAAAAAAGCUGUUACUUAAGUCUCAUCUCACAAGAAAUGAUUAAAUUAAGUAGAAUUUUAUAAAACAACUGUUCUUAAUUUUUAAAAACAUCAAAGCCAGGAAAAACACAAAAAGGCUGACAAAGUAUUGCAGGUUACAGGAGACUAUGGAGACAUGGCCAUACAAUGCUUGGUAUAGGAUUGACUUGUGGACUUUAUAUACUUAAAAAGUAUAUAUACUCUACUUAUACUUUAUAUAAAUACUAUAUAGAUGUGUGUGUGUGUGUAUACACUAUAAAGUAUAUAUACUAUACUUACACUUAAAAAGUAUAGUCAUGAAAGACUACAGACUAGACAAUAUCGCUUAAUCAAUGUUAAAUCAAUGAUAAACGCAGCAUACUGUGGUCAUGAAAGUCAUCUUUGCUUUGAAAAUACACAAGUCAAUGUUUAGGAUUAAAAAGAUACAAUAACUUCAACUUACAGAUUGUUAGAAAAAAAGAAGUGAUCUGAAAAUGUUCAUAGAAAACAAAAUAAAUAUAAAAAUAUAAACACAUUCUCCAGGAGUGGGAGGAAGAAAGACAGACAGACAGACAGACGGACGGAGGGAGAAAGAGGACACAAGUAGAACCAAUAUGAACUCCUGAUAAAUCCAGUUAAAAGGUAUACAACAGUGCCUUAUAGUCUUCUUGCAACUUUCUUUUUUUCUGAUAUUUUAUCAAAGUAAAAACAUAAGCAAAAAAGAAAAAAAAAUGAAAAAGAAGGAAGGAAGCAAGCUCCUGGGAUGGUGGGUUGGUUGGUGGUUGGAAUAAUUACUGUUAGUAUUGCACUUGUAACACAGCCUACAAUAACUCAACUCCUGAAGAAAUCACAAAGAUUAGCCCAUAUUCUAACUGACAGAUAAAGGAAAGGCCUCGCACUUUUUGAGAAGUAUCCAUACAUUAGUCUCCAGCAUUUUUUAAAAAAUAAACAGUGUUCUGAAUAUGAUUAAAAAGGACCAGGUAUGGAAUGAAAUAGAAAAUGUAACCUUACUCAAAGAAAAAUGGUAGAAGCAGACCAACAGGUCACCUAGUUACCGGAAAUCACAGCCAUGGCUUUAAAGCAAUUAUUAUAACCACUUUAAAGAGUUUAUAAGAGAACUGGCAGGUAAUUUCAAAAGGAAAAGCAAAAGUCAAAAAAAAA